UUUGGGCUUUACUGUAUGUGAAGUCGACAGCCAAGUUCGAAAUCUCCCUUCUUGGACAGGGGUUGCCCAGACUUAAUUGGACUUAAUUGACCACCCCGUCGCCUUCUCCAAAUACCCCUCUGAGCCAAAAAAGGAGAACACAUGUGUUGCUCUCCUUUCGACAAGAAAAGAGUUGCUUAAUCUUCUCCAUGAGACGCAUUUCUGUUUCGCUCCCGACCAGAAAUAGCCAACGUGAUCCACACGAAAAGCUGGCUCGAUACGGAACCCCCCCAGGGGCAUCGACCCUCAAAACAAAAAUUGACAGUGUCAAAACCGCCUGGAUGACGCAAAGUCAGCGCUCGAGGUACUUGAAGACGGGGGGCAUCCUCCUCUUCAUCGUCUUCCUCUUCUACUAUCUUGCGCCUAAGGGUGUCCAUGUUGGAAGCGGUUCAAAUGCCGUAUCAUCAAGCUCAAAUGGCGUAUCUAACGCUGAAGUGAGCGGCGCAGGUUCAACGACAUGCACGAAAUCUAGCGAUCCGUCAAAACCUCUCAAGCAAUAUGUUCUCAUGAUCGACGCAGGGAGCACUGGGUCACGUAUUCAUGUAUACCGCUUCAACAACUGUGGCCCGACGCCUUACCUAGAAGACGAGGCGUUUAAAAUGACGCCCAAGGUCGUGGGGGGGUCGUCAGGGCUUAGCUCAUACGACGACGACGCAGAAGGUGCUGCGAAGAGUUUGGAUAUGCUCAUGGAUGUUGCCAUGGAAUAUGUGCCAGAAAACUUGAGGUCUUGUAGCCCUGUCGCGGUGAAGGCUACUGCCGGACUCCGAAAACUGGGAGACGUGAAGAGUGAUAAGAUUCUUGCUGCUGUUCGUACUCGACUCGAGACCAAGUAUCCGUUCCCAGUUGUUUCGACUAAGGAGGGUGGCGUAGAGGUCAUGGAAGGUACGGACGAGGGUGUCUUUGCCUGGAUCACAACCAACUAUCUCCUUGACAAGAUCGGGGGCCCAGAUCAGAUCCCAACAGCGGCAACCUUUGAUCUUGGAGGCGGAUCUACCCAAAUUGUCUUUGAGCCAACGUUUAAGAGCGGAGCUGGUGGUGUUCCCGAGAAAAUGGCACCGGGUACCCACAAGUACGAUCUUGACUUCGGUGGACGACACUUCGAACUCUACCAGCAGUCCCACAUGGGCUACGGGCUUAUGGAAUCCCGCAACUCCAUUCAUAAACUUGUUAUCAGUGGUCUACUCGCGGCGAAUCCAGACGACAAGGCUUGGCUUAAAAAGCCAAUUGUCAAUCCUUGCAUUGCUCCUAAUAUGACGAAAGAGGUCAAAAUAGAGAUGGACAAAGGUCAUGUCCUUGGCCCGCUUCUUAUUGUUAACAUGACGGGCCCUUCGUCACCCGCCCCUGCUCAAUGCCGCGGGUUGGCGGAGAAGACCCUUAAAAAGGGCUCUGAGUGCCCGCUUGCACCAUGUUCAUUCAACGGUAUCCAUCAACCAUCACUUGAAAAAACUUUUACGAAGGAGGAUGUAUUCAUUUUCUCUUACUUCUACGACCGUACGGCACCGCUUGGAAUGCCAGAGUCGUUCACAUUGAGAGAGAUGCACGAUCUCGCUGAUCAAGUUUGCCAGGGAGAGCCAGCGUUUAAUACAUUCGCAAGCAUCCCAGGCGCUGUAAAGGAGCUAAAGGGGCGCCCAGAGUGGUGCUUGGAUUUGAAUUUCAUGAUGGCAUUGUUACAUACUGGAUAUGAGAUGCCAAUUGAUAGAGAGGUGAAGAUUGUGAAGAAGAUCCGAGACUUUGAGUUGGGAUGGUGCUUGGGAGCCAGUCUUCCUUUGCUCGCGCAUAACUCUGGCUGGAAAUGCAAAGUUAAUGAGGUGUCACACUAAACGACUAGUUACGAGAAUGCAUCUUAGGCGUCCGUGGCUUUUGUAAUAACCUUCAGCUGUAUUAAUAUUGGGAUAUAUACGAUGGCUGUCUCGUAGCCUCGUAUUUUAUAAAUAGAAGUUUCCUUCAACGAAGCCUACACCAGUCCUUUGCUUUUGACCAUCGCACGUACUGUAAACACGAUUUUCUGUCAUAGAGGAACUUCGACAGAUCCUAUAACAUCGUCAAUGACUGCAUCGGGGCCCAUUCCUUCCAAAACCGCAGCCACUGCAUCGAUAUUGCUGCCCCACUGAACACUUCUUUCCCGUUCAGGCGGAGUGAUACAGAUACGAUGUAGAUAUAUCUUCUUCGCCGCCAGUGUUACCAGCGAAGGCGUAACAUAGCGUAGGCCAUGCAGUGGCGCCAGUAAUUUUGCCAAUUUUGUAAAGUGACUAGUUGCCAAUGGCGAAAUCCCUCUAGACACCGCGCGGUGUAGACGCAGAAAUGAAAUGAUGUUGAUGAUGUAGCCAGUUACUUCGAUACUCAUAAAGACGUCGUCGCCUAACCGUUGUAGUGCAACAAUAUCAGUUGCCGUAAACACCGGGUUCAGAGAGGGCUCUAUAUGGCCAUCGCUCUUCCUCACAACGGAGGAUAUCGAUUCGGCGUCACUCUCCUGGUCGUCUAUGUUGGGAUACCCGUCCUCGUGGCUAUGGAAGUGAGAUAUGAACAUGUAAUUAUUGAGAUGUUCAGACAGGCGAGGUCCUUCGCCGCCAGCUAUCACAGCGAUGAACAAGAAGCGUUUUGGGGCGUUUUGGACUGAUGUAUGCGUGAAUAUGCGUUUUGUGCGUAUCAGCUCCAGAGCUUGGAUCUGGACCUGCUUGGGCGCUUCAUCGAGGUCCCUGGCGAUGAUGACGGAUGCUAUAUUGCGGGAAUCUGCGAAAGAUUCCGAGCGUGGAGAGGAGCGAGAGAGAGAACGGAAGCCAGGGGAUGGCUGGAGGUGGGAGUCAUGGCGGUAGCGGGCUGGAGAGUCCUCACGUGGGGAAACAGGGAGGUCUGUGUAGAGGGCGUUAUCGAAGUCUUCCAGGGUUGUCUGCUCGGAGCAGUCUACCACCGCGUGGGAAAGCCCAAAGACAUUAGAGGCAAUCUAUGAGUAUGUUAGUGACGGAAAUGGCACCGCAAGGGUAGAAGCUCACAAGCCGUAACUCAUGGACCAGAUCUUGGACAGAAUCGGGGUCUGUGUCAACGAUGCAGUGCUCUUCAUUUGUGAGACAUAGGAGUGCUGCAAGUUCCAAAUCGCUCAAGUUUGAAAUCUUGUCGAGAAGUGCCUCCUCGGCCAUGGAGUCAUCAGGUGUAGAUUGGCUGAUCAAGCAUUGAUGCGAGUCUGGCGGUGAAGAUGGCAAGGCUGACGUUCUUGAAACGGUAAUAGGUACGAUGCAGGCGAACCCCACAAGGCUGUGGCGGUCGUCCUCGCAGACCAAGCG